CCGGCCGAGGCCGCCGGCCGCCUCCGCCGGGAGGCCGAGCCCCUCUGUCGGGUCACCGACCCACACGUGACCCGGCUGCUGGGCCUCUGCACGCUGGAGCAGGCGCCCGGCCUGCUGGUCGAGUACCUGGAGAACGGCGACCUCAACGAGUUCCUGCGAAGGGCACCGCACGACCCGACCCGGGGUGACGGACCACUCGACCUGGGCUCUCUGGUCUACAUUUCGGAGCAGAUCGCGGCUGGCAUGGAACACCUCGAGUCCCUCGCAAUCGUCCACCGUGACCUGGCCGCUCGCAACUGUCUAGUGGGUCACCGGCUCAAGGUCAAGGUCGGUGACCUGGGGCCCAGCCGAGAGCAGUACGCCAGCGACUACGUGACCCUGCCGGAUGGCCGGGUCAUCCCGCUGCGGUGGAGAGCUCCCGAGGCCCUGUUCACGGAGGAGAUGAGUACCCGUUCGGACGUGUGGUCGUUCUCGGUGACGCUGUGGGAGGUGCUGACAUGGUGUCGGCUGCAGCCGCUGGCGCACAUGACGGACGCGGCCGUCACGGACCGGCUGGCCGGCUGCCGCGAGCCGGCCCCGGAGCCACACCUGCAGCAGCCCAACGCCUGUCCGGCCGACCUCUACCAGCUGAUGAUGCAGUGCUGGCGGCUCCGGCCGCACGAGCGGCCCUCCUUCAAGGAGAUCAGAGCCAUCCUGCAGCGCAAAAGUGCCGACUUCGAACAUUCAGCGGAGGAACUGUGAGGGGUUUGUUGGCUUCCGCGAAGAGGUGACAAUGCUCGAGCCUUGCGAUCUGCUGGGUGCAGAGGUCACGUGAUGUGCGGCCGUGUUAUCAACCAAUGCCAAUGUCUCCCAUUCUCAUAUCAUCGGGCCUGUGCUAAGCCAGCGCAUUGCUGUAAAUCCUGGUAUUUCGAAGCACAUGUCGCAUCUCGCGGUGCUAUGUCCGGCGUUCAAGAUGUGACGUGACAUGCAUCCGGACGUGCUCGCUCGGUAGGUAGGUAUGUGAUGCAGUAAAACGGUGUCCCGGUAUGCCACACCUGCCAUCGGAUUAGACCCGAGGAAAUGUCGCGGCGUCUCGCCUCGGCCAGGAUCUCAGUCUCCGAAACACAGUUGCGAGGCCGCUACUGAAUAACGCAUUCUCUGCUCAGGAGCCGCAUCUCAAGCAUGGUGCUGGUCAUCCAUGAGGAUCGUCUGAGUGAUGGGGUACAUGGGAGGAGUGCUAAUUUAGGCGCAUGUACCCUCACUUAAUUGCUUGGUAAGACAUCCACUUUGUUGAGGCCGGGAUACGCGCGUUAAAGGUCACGACCAUCGUUUCGAUAUUUGUUCGCAAUACUUUUUCUGAGCCCCGUGUGUAGGUGCUUUCGAGAAUUAUGCGUUUGCUCGAUGCGUUUUGACGAGGACGAGGACACUCGUGUGUGCAUGGAAAGAUAUCCAUGCAAUUACCACCUUACCAGCCUGUUACCCAAAACCCUGUAAAUAUGUUCAUACUACGUUUAUUCACCUCGUUUUGCACUAAGUGAAUCAGUUGGUAUAAACUUAACCACGUGAUGUUUUGAUAGAACCUGAAGACGGUCGAUGUGUUGUUUACUCUCACAUGUUUAUAGCUGUCGUCCAUGGCCAUCACUCAAUGACCAAUACAGCAGGGGAGAGCGGAGUGAGCUGCACCACAUCCAGGCACUAUCAGGGUGAUUUAUUCCGAACAUAUGCGACGGAUU